AUGGCGGGGGCUGGGAGGUGGCAGCUUUUCGGGGAGAGGGUGUCAAGUGUGCCCGCGGAGUGUGUGAUGCUGCGUGCGCCUUUGGCCGAGUCCUCUGGGAGUCCGCUUAGAGGUCAAGGCCGCGGGCACACAACCUUGCCCUCCUUCGCACCGCAGGUCUAUUUCAAACGUGACGGGGAGCCCAUCGAUGCAGUGGCCCUGUCGGAGCCACCAGCUGCGAGUUCAAGGCCACUCCAGGAGAGCAGGCCCUUCCGCAGCCUCCUGCACAGAGACCUGGACGACACCAAGAUGCAGCGCUCACUGUCUCUGCUGGGUGCUGAGAGCCGAGGCGGACGUCCCUAUACCGAGCGCCCCUUCCGUGGCCUGACCCCGGACCCCGGCGAGCUCCUGCAGCCGACCACGGAGGACAUCCCGGAGACGGUGGUGAGCCGCGAAUUCCCACGCUGGGUCCACAGCAACGAGCCGGUCUACUUUCUGCGCCACAGCCACAGCCCGGGCAGUGAUGGCACGGUGGAGGUGCGAGCCCUGCUCACCUGGACGCUCAACCCGCAGAUCGACAACGAGGCCCUCUUCAGCUGUGAGGUCAAGCACCCUGCGCUGUCUAUGCCCAUGCAGGCAGAGGUCACCCUGGUUGCCCCCAAAGGACCCAAAAUCGUGGUGACACCCAGCAGAGCCCGGGUUGGGGACACCGUGCGGAUCCUGGUGCAUGGGUUUCAGAACGAGGUCUUCCCAGAGCCCGUGUUCACGUGGACACGGGUGGGCAGCCGCCUCCUGGACGGCAGCACGGAGUCCGACGGCAGGGAGCUGGUUCUGGAGCGAGUGCCCGCAGAGCUCAACGGCUCCAUGUACCGCUGCACGGCCCAGAACGCCUUGGGCUCCACCGACACGCACACACGGCUCAUCGUGUUUGAAAACCCAAAUAUCCCAAGAGGAACAGAGGACUCCAACGGUUCCGCUCCUGGCCCUGCCGGCAUCUGGCUCGCCGUGGUGCUCCCCCUGACAGCCGUCCUGGAGCUGACGUGAGGGCGGCCCUGCCCCCAGCCCCGGGCACUGACAUCUCCGCCAUUGGGUUCCACCUCUUUUCUAAACUAUUUCCAGUCUUGUUCUUAGUCUCCUUCUGUCUGUGUCUUGGCUUCUUCAAUCGGUUUAAUUAAAACACACAGAACAAUUUUCCCCA